AGCAGGCGUAGACAUUGAACAGCUGACAAAGUAGCCAUGUCAAAAGAGAAAACCUGGAGGAAGAAUCUCUACGAAAAUCAGGGUUUUAACGACAACUACACCCCAGAUACCUUCCUGCAGGAACUCCAGAAGAACCAGAAUGUCCGUGAGUUCACCUUUUACGAAGCCCUCUGUGGAGCCACGAAGGUGAGCCAGCAGAUAUCCAUUGUGGUGGCCUUCCUCAUCAUCUACCAUGGCCUUUUCACACGAUGGUUAUCUCCGGAGGCGAUGCUCGUACAAGCCAGCCUUGCCACAGUGAUAGGAUACAUCGUGUACCUUGCCACAAGUGAGGAAGCUCUACUUAAAGCCAUCAUUCGACAUUCCAAGACAGUUCUGGGAGUGCUAGUGUUUGGUUUCAUCUUCUCACCACUCCUGCACACACUCACAAAGAGCAUCAGCACUGACACCAUCUACUCGAUGACCUUCUUCGUGUUCUGCCUGCACUUGAUCUUCUUCGACUACGGCCUGGAGGCUCAUAUGGUGUCCAGAGCCAUUUCCCUGAAUGCAGCAAUCUUCGGAUCCAUCUGCCUGUCUUCGCGUCUGGCAACUUCCUUUCAUGCCUUUGUCCUCCUGGCCACUGUGGUGGUGCUCUUUGUCCUGCUGCCGAUUCUACUGCGCCGCUUCUGGUCACCUCCAGUUCUUCUGCCCACCUUCCUGGUUUGUGUCAUCUUUCUGUACUCAAUCUCUCUGCCCACGCUUGUCACUUACCUCCUGGGUCUGCUGGCCAUUAAUCUUCUCUUCCCAUGGCUCUUUGUACGCGCCCAACCGCACAAACACAUCAUCCAUGGGCCCUGGGAUGAAGCUGUUGUAGAAACGAUGGAAUUUUGAAACCAUUCUACUCCUGGAAACAAUAUUUUUGGUCUCCAUGAGACUGUUCCUGUUCAGAAAUAAAAAUCACCCAGGAAAUCAUCCCAAAAUAGCUAAUAAAAAAUUAUACAGACUAAAAAAA